UUCUGGGCGUCAUUGGGCAGGUUUAGCCCAUAGGAGUGCACUCCCUCUAAAACCAGUAACGUGUCAGUGCUGUGAGUGCUGUGGGCUUAUUUUAAGACGGUUGAGGCUCUGGUGUCCGCUCCGCUCCCCCUCCGUGCUUCUGAGAAACGGGACACUCGGCGGGAUCACUCCUCCCAUCGUGCGUCUAUGAUAUUCUUCCAUUCUGCACCGUUGCCUAUGUUUGACUUUUGCGUCGCGCCGCACGCCCGCGAAACCGGUCGCCAAAGCGCACACGAUUCAUGACCACCUCCUUGUUGUCUGCAUUUGUUCUGCCGAAACAUGCCGUUUUUGCGCUUGCAUUUGGUUUUGCUUCUGGCCGUCGGCCACGUCGCGAGCUCCGGGUCGGACUACCUCUUUCCCGACACAGAACAAGAGCAUUUCAUCAGAUCGCACGAGGAGUUUUUCGUGGUUCAUCCCGAGAAGGUGGACGAGGAUGGCCGAUUUAUCUCGCACGUCGUAUCGCACCAGUUCACGCACGGCCGACACAAGCGAGACCUGAGCAGCCCGGACCGCCGGGUGUAUUACAAGCUACGUUUAAACGGCCGGGCUUUAACUCUCAAUCUCACCGUCAACGACAACCUGCUCGCGAAAGACUACGCUUUAGAGAGACGUCCGUGUAAUCUGACUAAAGGCAGGACUCGCGUGGAAAACGCUUGUCACCUUCUCGGCACGGUACGACACGGCGCGGUGGAAGGACCCGCGGCGCUCAGCACCUGCCGCGGAUUGAUGGGUGUGCUAACGCUCCCAGGGGGGCUGUUUCUGAUGGAGCCUGUCCGUGGUCACACCCCAACUGUCACCCACCCCCACCAACCACACGUCAUCUACCGCACUUCCGUCUGGAGCAAGCCCCGGGCACGCCGUGGCGCACAUGCUCAGCGUGACCACACUGCCUGCGGGGUCAAAGAUGGUCGUGCAUACUCCGAGCGGGUGGAGAAGGACAGAGAGCUUUGGGAGCAGGAGCAGCUGGACAGUGCAGACCGGAACGCUGCUCUGGACCAGAUCCCACGGCGACGGAUCUCUCCCCGGUCUGUGAGCACGGAGCGCUGGGUGGAGACCAUGGUGGUGACCGACUCGAAAGUGCUGCAGUACCACGGCAACAGUAACGUGGAAAGCUACAUCUUCACUAUCAUGAACAUGGUGGCUGGUAUUUUCCAUGAUGCCAGUAUUGGUAAUGCCAUUCACAUCAUCCUGGUGAGACUCAUUCUGCUGCAGGGGGAGGAGAAAGGGCUGAAGGUUGUUCAUCAUGCAGAUUCAACUCUGUCCAGUUUCUGUAGCUGGCAGAAAAGCGUCAAUCCCCAGAGUGACACACACCCUGCACACCAUGACGUCGCCUUGCUCAUUACGAGGAAGGACAUCUGUGCAGGGAGGAACGAGCCGUGUGAAACGCUGGGCUUGUCUCACCUGUCUGGCAUGUGCCAGCCGCACCGCUCCUGCAGUAUCAGUGAGGACUCAGGCUUACCUGUCGCCUUCACCAUCGCACACGAGCUCGGACACAGUUUCGGGAUCCAGCAUGAUGGCCAGGGGAAUGACUGUGAGGUGAAUGGCAGACACGCUUUUAUCAUGUCCAGACAACUGCAGUACGACUCCUCCCCCCUCACAUGGUCCUCCUGCAGCAAGGAUUACAUCACGCGCUUCCUAGAUCGUGGCUGGGGUUUCUGUCUGAACGACCGUCCGUCUAAGAAGGACCUCAGCACAGGCCUGCUGGCCCCAGGGGUGCGGUACACACGACAGCACCAGUGCCAGAUGCAGUACGGCCCUGACGCUACCUUCUGCACCGAGGUUGACAAUGUGUGUCAGAUCCUGUGGUGCUCUGUGAACGGGUCCUGCCGCUCCAAACUGGACUCGCCGAUCGACGGAACCAGGUGUGGUCCAGGAAAGUGGUGUAUCUCAGGAGAAUGUGUGAUUGUGGGGAAGUUACCGGAGACUGUGAAUGGUGGGUGGGGCCAGUGGAGCACGUGGUCCCACUGCUCACGCACAUGUGGGUCUGGCGUCCAAUCAGCAGAGAGAGAAUGCAAUCAGCCCAAGCCAGAGUUUGGAGGAAAAUACUGUACUGGGGAACGUAAGCGCUACAGGAUCUGUAACACGGCUCCGUGUGCUCAGAAACAGCCGACGUUUCGAGACAUGCAGUGCAGCGAGUUUGAUACAGUGCCCUACCACAACCAGCUCUACCAGUGGAUCCCUGUAUUCCACACCAACCUGCCCUGUGAGCUCCACUGCAGGCCUGUCAGUGAGGAUUUCUCAGAGAAGAUGCUGGACACUGUGACAGAUGGAACUCCCUGUUUCAUUAACAACAGCAGGAGUAUCUGCAUCAGUGGUGUGUGCAAGGCAGUGGGCUGUGAUUAUGGAAUAGACUCUCGUGCAGAGGAGGAUCUCUGUGGAGUGUGUCUGGGUGAUGGUUCUACCUGUGAGACUGUGAAUGACAGCUACACACAGAGAGAUGGCAAUGAUUAUGUCGACAUGGUGCUGAUCCCAGCCGGAGCACGGGACAUCCUCAUCCACGAGGUUGAGGAAGCGGGGAACUUCCUGGCUGUGCGGGCAACAGACUCAGAGAAGUACUACCUCAAUGGGAAUUUUGUCAUCCAGUGGAACGGCGAGUACCAGGUGGGCGGGGCCAAGUUCUAUUACGAGCGCAGCGGCAACCUGGAGAACCUGACCUCACCUGGGCCCACCACUCAGCCAAUCAUGGUGCAGUUGCUGUUCCAGGAGUCAAACCCAGGCGUACAGUACAGGUACACGGUGAAGAAGAACCGUCUGGCCAGCAACAAGCUCCUGGAGCCUGAGUAUACCUGGAAAUAUGGAGCCUGGAGUGACUGCAGCGCAACCUGUGGGCUAGGUGGACAGAAGCAGCCUGUGCGGUGUUUUGAGUCUGAGGUGGGUGUGGUUGACGAGGCUCUGUGUGACCCAGGAACUCGCCCGAGUGACCGACAUCGCAAGUGUAAGCUCAUGGACUGUCCUGCCAGGUGGUGGGUGGGAGGAUGGCAACCGUGCUCGGCCUCGUGCGGCCCAGAGGGGGUACGGAGGCGCACAGUUCUAUGCGUGCGCACUGUGGCAGGCGAGGAGAGGGUGCUGCACGCCGAUGACUGCAGACAGCUCCUCCAACCCAAAGCAGCCGUACCCUGCAACAGACAUGUGACUUGCGGUUCGGCAUGGGCCGUCGGCAACUGGAGCAAGUGUUCUCUGACCUGCGGGGGAGGGAUCAAGUCUCGUGUUGUACGGUGUGUGACUGAACCCCAAGUCCACUGUGACCCCAUGACCCGACCUCGCUCGACAGUCUUCUGUAACCUCCAGAGCUGUUCCUCCAACUACCGAAGGGUCAGCCCUCAGAACCCAACACCUAAAACUCCAGCCAGGGCCACCACGAUCUCAGCCCACCCAGCCACGCCGGGGCGUGACCACACCCUGAGCAUGCCCACUGUGAGCCCUGCACACGUGACAUCGCCAGACGUGUUUCACAAGGAUGACGGUGACAGCACAGAUGACGACACACAGACCAUUACACACCGCCCCAGCAUGAACCCCACCAUCAGUGAGGAACAGGAGGGUAGCACUGAGCUACUGCCUCCCGAUGAAGGCUCUAGAUACACCCCAGGUUAUGACUACAUGGUGGAACAAGGAGAUGAUGAUACAGAGAGGAAUGAGAGUGAGAAUGGGAUUAGGGUACAACCACCUGCUACAGACCCAAACCCACACACCCCCAUAACCACAACACACCCAGCCAGGAUAACAGUCACACACACCUCCUUAACCACAAUAAACCCAGCCAAGACAACAGCCAUACACAGCCCCUUAACCACUACAAACCUAGCAAAGACUACAACCACACGCACACCCCUAACCACAUCAGGCCCAACCAAGAUAACAGCCACACACACGCCACUAACCACAUCAAACCCAGGGACCACUAGAAGCACAAUCCACACUGUGGUCCCCACAAUAAAAAAGACAGCCAGCCAUACGUCUCUGCCCCUGCAACAGUGGAGCUCCCCCUGGUGGACUAACGGAGACAACGCCUACACCGCGACAAACCUUAGGACUAAAGUAGCUCCAGUCCUACAGCCUAACACCCCCCAGGCCACCAUGGGGCGCCCAAAGCCCAGGACCCCACACUCACAUCCUGGGAAGAAACUGCAGGCAGGUGCAGGCUCGGACAUCAAUGGGUGGAGCCAGAGCUGGCUGCCUGCCACGCUCCCAGCCACACCCCUGACGACCAGUCACACACCCACACCCAGCGAUGGUUACGGCGAGCUGAACACACAAGACAGGGACAACAGCACUGCAUUCUGGGUAGUGGGAAACUGGAGUCAGUGCUCCACUACGUGCGGUCUGGGUGCGGUAUGGCGUUGGAUUAGGUGCAGCUCUGAAGUGGAAGCAGACUGUAGCACACUGGCCAGACCUGAACCUGCCCGACACUGUAACCUUCGACCCUGUGCUGCCUGGUACACCUCCAACUGGAGCACGUGUCCUGAGGGGUGUGUCAGCGGUACGCGACGUCGUGACGUGCAGUGCGUGGACACUCAGAGUGGACGGGCUCUGAGGCCGUACCACUGCCAGCUGCUGUCUACCCAGCCACGUCGCACCCUGCCCUGCACCCAGUCCUGCACCAAGCCCCGGCCUCAGGCACGCCUGCGGUGGAGGCACUCGUCUUGGGGACCGUGCUCUAAAAGCUGUGGAGGAGGUAUUAAGGAGAGAUUGGUGUAUUGUCCCGAACACAAGCUCUGCGACGAGAGUGUGCGCCCUAACAGCACAGCGCCCUGUAGACCGCAACCCUGUGUAACAUGGGUCACUGAGCCAUGGCAAGAGUGUUCAAGGACCUGUGGUGGAGGUGUACAGAGGCGAGCAGUGUGGUGUGUGAGUGCGGGAUCUAGAGCGGUGGAGAAGAACACACUGUGUGUGAGCAGGAGCAGACCAGUGAGUGAGCGUGCCUGUGGAUCGAAGGAGUGCAGGACUGAUCCUGGGCGCUCCAAGUGUAAGAGGAACACCAUGUCCUCGCGGUUCUGUGCUAAGCUGAAACUGCUCGGCCACUGUGUCCUGCGCUCCAUCCGCAGACAGUGCUGCCUCACCUGCACCAUGUAACACUGCCAGAGAAACACACACAACAUAAAAACCCAUGUAGGCCUGUGGUGUUUUGUGUUUGAGGCUGCCUGGAGAUGUACCAAAGCAGACGUAGACGUGACCAGGAACCAGGCCUGAAGCCAAAUGGACAUCAGGAUUAUUCACCCAGACCUGUGGGAACAGCCACUCUUUAACCCCACAGGCUCCGCCCACAGCUCUGAAAGCUGCCAGAGACAUGAAUGCUUAUACAGUACACAUCCAUGAAACUGAACUUCAGUUAGCAAAUACCAGAUUAAUGGAAUUUAGACUUUUAACUACUGUCUGUCUGCCGUUCUGCCUGUCUGUCUGAUGAUAGAUAUGUUAGCGGUUCCAACGUGGGAGAGAUUUUCGGUACCUUCAACAUUUUACAGCAGGGAAGCGUGUUGUAUAGCACAAGAAUCCUUCAGGAUUUGAAGCUUGUUGUUAAAACAGAGCUACACCAGCGCAACACCUCCCUCCCUCUGCUUCUGUUGCUGGGCCCACCCGAGUCAGACUGAAAGCGUUUGCGAUGUAUGAUCGGUCUGAUCACAUCCAAGUGCAUUCAGUCCCCUCUGCAGGAGGAGCAGGCAGAGUAACUGGUGAACUCGAAUGUGCAAUAAUCAGCUGAGCCCAACCAGACAGCAACAGGAAACUCCGCCCACUGUAACAUUACUGCAUAUGCCUCACACUGAAGCUGCUGCAGCAGUGUCAACUCCGCCCACUGUAACGUUACUGCACGGGCUCCGCCCACUGUAACAUCACUGCACAGGCUGCGCCCACUGUAACAUCACUGCAUAUGCCUCACACUGAAGCUGCUGCAGCAGUGUCAACUCCGCCCACUGUGACGUUACUGCACGGGCUCCGCCCACUGCAACGUUACUGUACGGGCUCCGCCCACUGUAAUAUCACUGCACAGGCUGCGCCCACUGUAACGUUACUGCUGGUGGUUCCGCCCACUGUAACGUUACUGCACAAGCUCCGCCCACUGUAACAUUACUACACAGGUCUCAAACUCACUUCACCUCAUCCUGGGGUGUUGUCCACGGCUUGGCUGGGAGGUUUAUCCUGUAUAUGAAAGAGGCCAAACUGUGAAUAAACAGGCUGUUCCAGCCUCCACCUGCUUUAACUGAUGUUUCACAUCUACUAAGGUGCUUUCGAAUCUACCAAAUAUACUAUACUGAAAGGGUAUUUUGAUAUAUUAUUUUUAUAUACAUACUUAUUAUAUGCAACUUGAGCUGGCUUUAAGUAUAUUUUGUUUUAUAUGACUGUGUCAUUUUCACUCCAGCACUGUCACUGAUACAAGUUACUUCCCGUUUAUGACAUUCAGAACCUCUUCUUGCCUUACAUCAGUAUAAUCUUUCAGGCCAUAGCACUUAAUGGGAAAAACAUCCAUUCUCCUUCCCUGUUAAUGUUUUCCUGUCAGCCUAUACAUGUCUGGUGACUGCCUGCAUGGUGCUUUGUUUCUGUUUUACUGGUCAGUGUGAUCAUCUAUCUGAUUAUGUAAUAGACAUACAAUAGUUAUGAAUGUGCAUGGAUGAAAGUGUUAGUUUUUUGAUACAGAGUUCUUUGGUGUUGUUAUGGAGUUUGUUACACAUUAUUAAUGCAUUUGUUAAACCUUGUAAUGGUAUUCAUUAGAAGUUAACAAGUUAAUUAGGCAUGGUUAAAAGUGCUUUAGACAUAAUUAAUGAGUUUGUUCACCAUUGUUAAUGUGUUAAGAUUUAAUCAGUGGGGUUUAUCUGAGGCAGCAGGUAUGGUGAGACUGCCAGUUACAAAACACCCCUCAAACUUUUAUAUUGAAAUGCUGAGGGUUCUGAGGCUUCAUGUGUUA